AUGUCGGUUACACAACGAGUCCAGCAAUGGGCUACAUUCGCCAGAACAUGGCACAUAUUCGAUUGUACUUGGCAAAACCCAUUCGAAGCCGCAUCCUUAAUAAGGAAACACCUGAUGGGUUUGCAUAAACCAAUUUACCAUCCAUUGAAUGAUUGUGGAGACCAUGUAGUGGUAAUCAACACUGCUGAAAUUGCACUUCCCGGCGAUGAGUGGAAGAAACGCGCCUACUUCCACCACACUGGUUAUGCGGGUGGAGCAAGCUGGACAUUGGCAUGGCAAUUGCAUGAGAAAGAUCCCACUAUGAUCAUGAAAAAAGCUAUCUACCGCGCCAUGAAGGGAAACCUGCAGCGCCGACACACGAUGCAAAGACUUCACCUGUUCAAGAGCGAAGAUGUGCCGAAGGAGAUGCUUGAUAAUGUGACCAACCAAAUACGUCAACCGCGACGUGUUCCAGAACGUUUGGACCAUAUCGAUCCGGAGAUGGUUCGCAAUUUCCCAAAAAUUAUGGACUACCCGAAGGAUUACAUUCUGCGAUAA